AUGCCGAUGGCGCCGCUCGCUGGGUCAAUGGUCCUCCCGGAGGCGUCGAACAGCGGCGAGGUAGUCUCGUCUAUUCCGGCGACACCAACCGGCGUCGCCGCUACCUAUCAUAUCAAUUCCCGGCGGCUUAGAGAUCUUAGUCUUAACAAGUGGCCACCAACGGUCCUCAACCACGGAUUUUACAAGACAGCAAGCUCGCAAACCCUCAAUGCCAGCAAACCUUCCAAAUCCACUGUCUUUUACACCACCAAAGGGAAGAGACUGACACAUGUAGCUUGCUGCAAAAUCAACAGGAAUGCCACAGUUGGGAGGGAAGUACUGAUCGACUGCUCCUUCACCAAUAUUCCCAACACUUCCUCGGCCAACAAUUUCCGCUCCUUUGUUGAGUGCAUCGUUUACCAGACUCUGGAGCUUCUCAGAAUGCUCUUGCAUGCAUACUGCUCCCAUGUCAACCUCUCAGCACCAGCACAAUUUUGCCCACUUGAUUGCAGAGCACCCCUUACAGCAAUUUGUGCAACAUGCUGCACAUCAACAUCUUCACAGACAAUAAAGGCAUCUUUCCCACCGAGCUUAAAAGUAACCGAUAUCAAUGUAUCCGCAGCUUUCCUCAUUAUCAUUUUCCCGACACCAGGUGACCCAACAAAAAUCAUCUUGUCAACUGAAGACACCAAGGCUUCUCCUGUCUCAGCAAACCCUGUUAUGACCUCAGCCAGAUUUUCUGGUGCUCAACAGCAGCAAGGGCGGCUUGUAUUAUACGUAAAUAGAAACAUCCUGACCAACUCGCAUGUUCUGAAACCUUAA